AAAAAUGACCAGAGGAUAUUCGUUAGAACAGGAUUUAAAAUUAUUAAUAAAUAAUCCAAAAUAUAGCGAUAUAGAAAUUUUAUGUGAAGAUGAAAAGAAAUUAUAUGGUUGUAGAGCAAUUUUGGCCGCAAGGUCCGAAGUAUUUGAUAGAUUACUUUAUAAUGGAAUGAAAAGAAAUUAUAUGGUUGUAGAGCAAUUUUAGCUGCAAGGUCCGAAGUAUUUGAUAGAUUACUUUAUAAUGGAAUGAAAGAAAGUUAUGAAAAGCAAAUUUCUUUUCCAAAGAUUAAUUCCGCUGGAAUGGAAAUUAU